AAUAUCGAGGACCUCUCCGAGCCCGUCUUACGCGUCCCCAUCACAUGUCAGCCACGAUAAUCAACAACCAGCUACAACCAAUGCGAGCGAACCAAUGAGAUUACCAGCUUCUCAGUUUGUCGAACGUUGCUUCGUCGACGAUCAGAUGCCAAGAAUGCCUCGGCUAGCGCCAGUCCGGGCGCCAGUUCCCAUCGAAAACGUCAACACCACAUCUUCCCGAUUCUUGCCCUGGCGAUAGCUUCCUGAUCCUCAGAUCAAACGAGCCAGUACCUGACGUAACCAUGCCGCCGACCGGCAACCCGUUCAAUUUCGCACGAGUUACUCUGCUCGCGCUCGUCGAGGUGCUUAUCGUCAACAAAACCAGUUACCGCCAUGUGCUCCCCCUCUCUACCACCUCGCUUGUCCUGGCGAUCCUGGCAGUAAACUAUGUCUUCUUUCUCGCCUGGAAGCUGUAUCUAUACCCCGUCUACUUCCACCCUCUUUCAAAGUUUCCAGCGCCAAAGGUCGUCAGCCUCUGGAGAGUAUUGGCUCGCUUUCGGGGAAAUGCUCCGCCUGGCCAAUUACUCCUCGAACUCGUAGAGCGUACUCCCAACGAUGGCAUCAUCGUUCUACAAGGGGAAUUUGGCACUUCCAUGCUGAUCACCAAGCCCGCACCACUUGCGGACAUACUCGUCCAUCACCCGUACGACUUCGCCAAGUACGACGCGAUUCGGAAUUUUCUGCGUCCAAUUCUAGGCGAUGGCCUGGUUGUUGUCGAAGGCGAGCAACACAGAUUCCUCCGCAAGAAUACCCAGCCGGCAUUCAAGUUUGGUCAUAUCAAAGAGCUCUACCCAACAAUGUGGAGCAAGGCAAUCGAGUUGAACAAUAUUUUGAAGGAGGAGCUCAGGGUACUAGAGAGGAAGGGCAAUGACACGAGGAUCGAGAUCAAUGCCUGGGCGGGCAAAGUCACCCUGGACAUUAUUGGCAUUGCUGCCUUUGGUCGUGACUUUCACGUACUCGAAAGGCCCGAUCACCCUCUGGUCAAGAAUUAUGCCGACCUGCUAGAGCCAGGGCCAGCAAAGUUCGCCUACUUCUUCCUGACCCUGAUAUUCUCUCGAAAGUUUGUCGACCUGUUCCCAUGGGAAGUUUCUAGGAGAUUCAACCGGACGACAACCGACAUCAGGAGGAUAUGUGCCCAACUUGUUCGCGAAAAGAAAGCAACGAUUGAGAAGCUUGGAGACGACCAAUUCGAUAUCCUGUCCCUGCUUAUCAAGAGCAACAACUUUUCCGAGGCCGAGUUGGUCGAUCAGCUUCUAACCUUCCUGGCAGCUGGCCACGAAACGACUUCUUCCGCCUUUACCUGGGCUACCUAUAAACUCGCUCAGGACCGCGAAAUGCAAUCCACUCUUCGAUCCGAACUUCGACGAGCCUUGCCCGACUUUCCCAACUUUGCGCCUGGUCAGGACAUUGCCAGUAUCCUCGAACAUCUCCCAUAUCUCAAUGGUGUCAUGAACGAGACCCUCCGUCUCUACCCCACGGUGCCUAUGACUGUCCGCACAGCGGUCUGCGACACGACCGUAUUAGGCCAUCCGAUAAAGAAGGGCACAGAGAUCAUGAUGUCGCCUUGGAUUAUCAAUCGAUAUUCCGACAAUUGGGGUAGCGCAUCAACAGAGUUUGUACCGGAAAGAUGGAUCGAUCAAGAGGGCACGCACAUCGGAGAGGAAUGGUUGGACCAACUGACGCUAAAGCCUAACAACACCGGCGGAGUAACGAGCAACUAUGCCCAGAUGACAUUCCUCCAUGGUCCAAGAAGCUGCAUUGGUCAAGGAUUCGCAAAGGCUGAGCUUCGAUGCUUGCUUGCCGCAUUCGUUCUCGCCUUUGAGUGGGAGCUUGGGAUGGACGAAAAAGACAUCAUGCCUGAUGGCGUCAUCACAAUCAAGCCAAACAAUGGGAUGUACUUGAAGUUACGGCCCCUUGACGGGGUCCAAAGGGUUGAUUAUGCUUUGGUAUCCAAGAACUAAUAUUUAUAUCCCACUGCAGCACUUGAUGCCAAUCUUUCUCCCCUUAGCCGGCUGCUGCUUUGGCGCCACGACUUUCACUAU